AUGGCUGCCGCUCGAUUGACCUGGCUAAUCACUGGCGCAUCGUCAGGCCUUGGCAAAUAUAUCGCUUCCGAAGCUCUUAAGGCUGGCAAUAAGGUCAUUGGAGCCACACGCGAUGUCAGCAAGGCUGAAACCACCUAUCCGGAAUUUUCGGCCAAAGGUGGCAUUUGGGUAAGGAUCGAUCCUGCUCAAAAUAAUGCGUAUGAUCAGGUUUCAAAGUACUCUCGUGAGCACCAAGUGGAUUUUCUGGUGAAUAGUGCUGGCUAUGCUUUCAUUGGUGGUGUGGAAGAUACAAGUGAAGAAGAAGUCCGCCAGCACAUGGAGGCCAAUUUCUAUGGGCCUCUUCGUGCUGUUCGGGCCUGUCUGCCGGUCAUGCGUGAGAAACGCUCCGGUCAAAUCAUUCUCAUCAGCAGUGGUGCCGGAUUCAUCGCCCGCCCUGGACGGGGCACCUAUUCGGCUAGUAAAUUUGGAAUCGAGGCUUUUCACGAAUCCCUGUCUCACGAGGUCAGGUCCCUUGGAAUCAAAGUCCUGAUUGUGGAGCCUGGCGCAUUCCGAACCCCUUUCGCCACACGUCAGGUUGUCCCUGCUGCAUUUGAGAAUGGCUUCAGUGACGGCUACACUGGUAUGCCAGUUGAGGCGAUGGUCAGCGCGUCUCGAAAUCUUACAGUUGCUCCGGACUGGAUUAGAGGGGACCCAGAGAAGGCGGCAAGAGUAAUCAUGAACGCUACAGAUAAAGGGUACGAUAAUCUCCGGCUUCCUCUGGGUAAGGACUGUGUGGCUGCUUUAGAGACGAAGAUUGGAGAGCUGCAGAGAGAUUUGGACGCUACAUGUUCGGUCGCCAUUGCUACCGAUGUUGAUUAA